GUCUCGCAUAGUUUCGAGCGUGACGGGGAGCAGUGCCGCUGCUGGAGGUGCGCCGAAUUUCAGCAGUUUCCCACUCACUGGAGUCGCUGGCCCAACAGGAGCGGGGACCACCCUAACUAGUUUUGCACUGAAUGCCAAAGUGGCUUCAGAGGGCAGGCACGAGACGGUAGCACCAGACGAACAGCAGAUGCUUUCUUCGUUGCUGGCUCCUGCCCCCGCGGGGUCUAGCGUUAUCACGGAGCGGUCCGGCGCGCCGCUCACUGCUGCAGACGCUUCACAACAAUCUGUUGGCUAUAGUAGUAAUCUCGGAAAUCACUACGGAGGAGGAGGCGCAAAUAACACCAUGUUUGUGCCUCUCGGGGGAUCGACCGCGACGGCCGUGCACUCAGGGACCCCUGCUACUUCCAUUAAGGUUCCUUUUUUCUAAUGAUUCUAAUCCACAUCUUCUGAAACGUCUGUAUCUGAGUUCGGAAACGUUUUUUUUUCAAGGGAAAAAACAAGCUGCAUCUCGGAAUACUAGUCUUCAGGAUCAUGGAUUAGGUCGAUGAUUUUAGCAAUGGAUUAGUUCUUUGAGCUCUAAUCCUAGUGGCAACAUGGGCCCACCGUCAGCGGGAAAAGGACUUUACAUGACCACGACUUCGAGACCCGCGGACGCAGAAAAUCUAGCCGCAGUCGGCUUGCAGGUCGUUGGCAGUGGAAAUGUAACGAGUAAGCGCAGACCUUCAGUCAACGGCCUCAGUGGGCGGCGGUUCUAAAUUCACAAUGUUCCAGGAUGUUUUGCUCUCCCUGUAUUUUUGGAUGAGUGGUGUAAGUAUGCUUUGUUGAUUCGAAAUUUGAAAAUGCUAGUUUAUCAUGUUCGUCAUAGGUCAUCGUCGUUAUAAUAUCUUCUGAGUUGGGUCGUGAUCGGUUCAUCUUUGCUGCAUUGAAAUCUCAACGGUGUGCUCUAUGGGAGUAUGAAGUUUCGUAAAAAGUUUUGCAGUAAAGGAGGUAUCAAGCGGAGCUAGCUGAAUCGGAUCGGCGCUCAGCUUACGCGUCUUCCAUUGCCUAAGCGGGCAUGUCCAUAGAUGAACUUUUUUGAGACCUCUUGAUAGUCUUUUUGAUGUAAUAUAUACUCGAUCCAUUGGGGUAAUUUGUACUGAUUCUUUUCGAUAGUCGUAGAGUGAAAUAGAAGCAUGGAAUUGGAAGUAGCCAAAAGGCGGCGGAACGGUUGGCCCCGGAGUGUCGUUAGCAACUGGAAACCCACGUACUAUCAUAUGCUUAAUUUCCGAGUAAGAUCAACAAUGCAGUCAUUUUUACUAGCUUUAUCUCGUUAAUACAGGUACUGAAAAAUAGGUAUACUAGACCAAAGGCAUUCGUCAUACCACUAGAGUUUCAUUAGACAAGAAAUAAUGGCGUUCGGUACACGACUAGAUCUCCUUCGUGAUUCGACCGACGUUUCGCCGACGCCGUCUAUCGAAUCUCUUCCUAUACUUAAUAAUCUAUUUCAGCACUAAAAGUCGUUGCGUAAAAAAUCGUGUAUAGGUGUGAGUCGAAUAGACUCACUGAUUCUCAAAGAGAGCGCGGACAGUCAAGCGACCAUGUGAGACAUCAUGUUGACUGUUGUUGAAUAGGCAAAUUUUUCAUCGUAAUGGACAGGCAAAUGUUUUAACAACGAGAAUGAUUUUCUUGAUCGAAAAAUCACAACAUGUGAAUUUUAUCAAUCUCAUUUUUAAUAGGAUUCAUUUAUUUCGCCGUAAACAGGAUGCAU